AUGUAUUUUCCCAUUGGUUGGCCAAAAUAUUUAGAACUUAGAAAUUCUAAUUCAUCACCGAAAUCUGUGUUUUGCAAUAGAGAUCGAUCUCUGUUUGGGGUUUUAACAGAAGACAGUAUUAGUAUUUGGUACAUCAGGCCUUGUGUAGAAGUCACGUGCUACAAAAGGAGCAAAGAAUCUCUCGAGUCCAUAGGAGUAAACCAAUUAGCUGAAUGGAAACCAGAUUCAUUAAUGAUUGUUGUUUCUACUAGUUAUAAUCAUCUGAUCUUUUACAAUGUUGAUGUGGAUGAUUCUGUAAAAUGCCUUUACGAACAAUUAGAUAGCAAAAUGACUGGAUUGAAAAGAGAAAGUGAUGAAUUAUUUGUGAAAGAAAAGGUGCCACCAAUAUCACUUGAUGUUGUUCACACACUAUAUUUAGAAUCUCCUAUUUGCAGUAUAGUUUGUAUCCGAGACGAAUUAAUAGUUACAACUGUUGACGGCCAUUUUUGGAGAGUACAGUGGGAUGGAAGUUUGAAUGAAGAUUAUACUUUGAAUUUGUGUUCCAUAUCUUUUCGCUUAGACCAGUUACAGUCAAGAGGUUCUACUUUUGAUGGAUUAGGAUACUAUGUUAAAAACAUGGAAUAUUCACCCAUCAUUGGAGGAUUUUCCGUUGUGCUAUCCAAUGGUCGAGCAGCAUUCAUAACUGCCACAACUUUAAAAUUUGAACCUCAUCAAGUAUUUGGUAUCCUUUCUCAAGACGUCCAAAAUGCAACUUGUACAGCUGUUAACCAUAGAUACCGUUUGAUUUCAUAUGGAUUGAAAAAUGCUCAAGGUGUUAUUUUUUGUGUUGAUGAUAUUACUGGUGCUUUGCAACCUACACAUCAGUUGGUUUUAUCAAGUAAAGAUUUUCCUGGUAAGUUUUAAAAUUCUGCCGGUGGAGUUUCGAAUCUCAAGUGGACCCCUGAUGGUGGAGCUUUAGCUAUGACUUGGGAAAAGGGGGGUUUGGCUUUGUGGAGUGUUUUUGGUGCACUUCUAAUGUGUAGUCUCGGUUGGGAUUAUGGAUCAGCCGAUGUCAUGAAAAAUGCAUUAAAAUUUUUAUCUUUGGAAUGGGGACCUGAAGGGUAUCAUCUUUGGACUGUUGCAGAAAAAUCCAGCCUCAAUGAGCAGCAGCAGCUUUCCAAUGUGAAGAAGAAAAAUGUCACUGUUUCAUUAUUCCAAUUUGCAAAAAGUGCUCUGACUGUAAAUCCUGGAAUGACUGGUCGAGAGCAUGUUUUCCUGCAAGCAGAAGACAGGCUUUAUGUUAGUGCAGGCGCUGACAUUAUUCAUAACAAACCAGCAACUUUUGAUCGAAAGCAGGAGCAAGAAAUUCCCCCAGCAACACUGGGUCUCUCAAGGGAGCAAAUGUUAGCCGGAAACAAGCAGUGGAUAAUCAUUCCUAUUCCUUAUGCUUACCUUGGGAAUAACUGGCCCAUUAGGUAUACUGCUAUUGAUUGUCAAGGACAGUGUAUGGCAGUUGCCGGCAGAAAUGGCUUGGCUCAUUAUUCCUUGACGUUGAGACGAUGGAAGCUGUUCGGAAAUGAAACACAGGAAAAAGAUUUUGUUGUGAUGGGUGGCUUGUUAUGGUGGGAAGAUCAAAUAAUUUUAGGUUGCUAUAAUCUUCGAGAUUUGAGAGAUGAGAUUCGUGUGUACCCUGAAGAAGCCAAACUCGAUAAUCAGUUUGCUCGCAUCGUUAAAAUGGAUUCACAAGUACUCCAGCUAUCUGCUCUUGGGGACAGGCUUCUUAGUUUUUGUGCCGAUUCGCAUCUAACUUUAUUUCUCUUGCAAAGAAAAACAUCUCCUACAAGUAGUGUUCUCCAUGCCACCCGACUUGCAGAAUUAGAUGUUUCCAACUUAGUGUUUCAUCCUGCAUGUGUGGUCUCUGCAUUGCUCACAUCUUUAUGUACAGAAACAGUUCGAUGGCCACGGAAGGGAGAUGAAAGCAUACUUCUUAACAUUUGCGGUCGAUUACUUCUACUGCAGCAAGAUCCUAUUUCAAGGACAAGUGAUAAAAAACCUACUUACGGAUUACCUACAGUUCUUGCUUCAUGCGUUGAGAAUGUGUGGGUGUGUUCUCAUAGCUCAAAAGAUACUCCACACUUAACUGAAGCUUUGUGGAUUGCCUGUGGUGCUCAUGGUAUGCGAGUGUGGUUACCUUUAUUUCCUCGUGAUGGAGAGAAACAGCGUGCACAUAAUUUCAUGUCAAAAAGAAUCAUGCUUCCAGUUCCUGUAUAUAUAUAUCCAUUAGCUGUAUUAUAUGAAGAUGCUGUUAUUCUUGGUGCAGAGAAUGAAGCCGUCCUGUUAUCUGCAGAUAGUUAUCGAAAUCAUCCUUUUUGCAUUGUUUCCCGUACGAGUCAAGUCUAUCUUCAUCACAUCCUGAGGCAGCUUUUAAAAAGAAAUUUAGGUUAUCAUGCGUGGGAAAUUGCCCGAAGUUGCUCAACUUUACCUUAUUUUUCACAUUCACUUGAAUUGCUUCUACAUGAAAUUCUGGAAGAAGAAGCUACUUCCUCUGAUCCCAUUCCAGAUGCUCUGCUUCCUCGAAUAAUUGAUUUUAUAGAAGAAUUUCCAGUUUUUCUGCAAACAGUUGUUCAGUGCGCUAGAAAAACAGAAUUAGCAUUGUGGCACUACCUUUUUUCUGCUGUGGGAAAUCCAAAAAAUCUUUUUCAAGCAUGUUUAAAUCAAGGUUUACUGGAGACAGCUGCAUCUUAUUUAAUCAUACUUCAAAAUCUUGAAUUAUCAUCCGUGAGCCAACAAUAUGCGACUCUUCUUUUAGACUCCUCCUUAGAAGCAGGCAAAUGGGAGUUAGCAAAUGAAUUGGUUAGAUUCCUGAAAGCAAUAGACCCUAGUGAUAACGAAUCUCUUCCUCGCUCUUUCAAUCCGCCGAACAAGUAUGGUCUUCCUCACUCCACCCCUCCCGUCAGUCCGACCGAGGACGAUCUGUCCUUUGUGCUCGGAACUGUCUCCUUGACCCGAAAUCGUUCCCAUAGCACAACUGCGUCUCAGAAGUUGCCUGCUUCUAUACAGGACAAGUCGCCUCGUUUUCAGCAUCAAGAGAUCGCCAGGACUAUCAGUGAGCCUAACAACAUUCCCCGAAAGAGGAGAAUAUCUGAUCAUAAAGAGAAAGGAACAGCUGAGGAAUUUUUCAUUGAUACUUUGCUGACUCGGCAUGCGAGAAAAUUGCUUGCAGCUGGAAAACUAAAAGAUUUGGGAUAUUUCGCAGCUCACCUUGACUUUCAUUUGAUUACAUUUUUGACUAAAGAGAGAAAUAGGGCCGCUCAUGUAGAUGAUUUCAUACGAGCCCUGUUUUCGUUGCAUCAAGAUUUCCAGUGGCCAUUCCCUGUAUCAUCUAUUAUUUUUGGUUCAUUCAUUCAAAGCAAAAGUGGAGAACUUGUUGACACUUAUAUAGAGCCCAAAAAUAUGCUUAAUGAGUGUCAUUUCAAGCAGCUGAGUACAAGCACCAAACCAUAUGAAGUCAAUGCUAAUGAUAUGCCGGAUAAUGGCUACGCUAGCCAACAAUCUGAAAAAGUAGAACCAAAGAAUGUGUCAAACAUGCAUUCCAGUUCAAGCUUAGAAAACGUUCCAGAGCAUACAGUCGAAGCUCACUUAGCACCUAAACAAAGUGAAGGCAGCCUUUUGACUCUUGAUGUAUCAGAAAGUAGUUCAUUAUGGACAGAAGAAAGCUUAACACCUCUUGAUGAAGAAAAUUUAUCAAAUUUACCCGUUUCUACGGAGUUGGAAGCCAUGUCUGAAGAGCUUGCUUCGAAGGGACCACUACAAACAGAAGUUCAAUUAAGGUACCUAUUGCAGCUAUUUCUUGAAGCUGGAUGCUUAGAUUGGUCUCUGCUGAUUGCUAUUGUCCUUCGUGAUGCAAUGGCAGUAAUACGAGUUGUAAAUCUUGCCAAACAGCCUGAUCAAUCUUCUGAAAAUCUGAAGCACCUAAAGGAAGGAAUGGCAUCUAUAGAACAAUGGGCUGAAAAAGAAUGCCCGGGGUACAAAGCUUUUAUGUUAGUGAUUCACAACCAAGCCAAAGCCCUCAGCAAAAUCUGUUCUCCAUCGUCAUCUUUGCUCAAAUUCGACCUUCAGUCGUCUCCCGAGGACAUUUGUGACGAUGUUUACGAUAAAGAUCAAAGCAGUCACAGACUGUCCACUAGCAGUGACGUGCCUGGCAUAGAGGGCACCCUUGUGUUGGAGGACAUAAAUGCCGUCAAAGACGAUUCCCCGUCGAGCGAUUCGGAAGAAAGUGCAAACUCUCAAAAAGUAGAAAACCAGACUUCUGAAUGCUUAAUAAGUUAAAAAUGUAUUUAGUGUAGAGAAAAUUUUAUUUAUAUAUAUGUAUAUACUGCAGAUAAAAUGAAGAAUUUUAAAACAUAUUUUUAUAUUAACACAUAUAUUGCUCAGUCCAUAGAGCUAGAUAGAUUGUGGAAUG